AUGCCAGUUUCACUGCAAGACAUCGCGGCUAGAGCCGUCCAAGCCAGGAGUCGGAUUCGAAAGCACAUUUACCAAACCCCGCUCAUACCAGCCAGACGAAUCGGCCAAGAACAUGACGCAAAGGUCCUGUUCAAAGCAGAGAAUUUUCAGCUUACCGGGUCUUUUAAACUCAGAGGCGCACUUUCUAAGCUGUCGUCUCCAACUGCACAGGGGCGACUUAUUACGGCAUCGUCAGGUAAUCAUGGUAUCGGUGCCGCUUUUGCCUCGAAAGUUCUCUCCAAGGACCUUACCGUCGUCCUUCCCGAGACAGUGGUGCUAGCAAAGCUGGAAAACAUUAAAAUGUUCGGUGUUGAUGUGAUCCUACACGGGGCGGAAACUGGCCUAGCCGAAAAGCAUGCGCAGCAGCUUGCUGCAUCGGGAUCUUAUACUUAUAUCUCGCCUUACAACGACGCUGAAAUUAUUGCCGGACAAGGAACAAUCGGACUUGAGAUUUUGGAGCAGCUCAAUGAGGUGGAUAAUAUUUUCAUUUCUAUGGGUGGUGGUGGGCUUCUUAGCGGCCUCGGAUCUGUUCUCAAAGCCUAUCGUCCCCAAACGAAGAUUUACGGAGUUUGCGCCAGCAAUUCCAAAGCCUUGGCAGCUUCUAUAGCUGCUGGUCAUGUGGUCGAAACCGAUCAUUUACCUACCUUGGCUGAGGCUGUGGCUGGAGGUAUUGAUGAAGACACGAUAACACUUUCUCUGGCAACCUCGGUUAUAGACCAUGUUGUUGAGUGCGACGAGGCAGAGAUUUUGAGGUCUGUGAAAGCUCUUGCGGUUCAAGAGAAUAUUAUUGUGGAAGGCUCCGCGGCGCUUGCUCUUGCUGGCUUCAAUCAAGUUGCCAAUACAUUGACUGGUCAGACUAGCGUCAUCCUUCUAUGUGGUGGGAACGUUGAUCAGGAUUUUAUUGCCAAGGUAGUAUGUAGCGUUUGA